AUGUCGGAUAAGUCUCCUAAGACCUCGGUGCAUUUGGUUAGCGGAUUCAUUGGCGGCCUAUCAUCUGCUGUAACGUUACAACCACUGGAUCUAUUAAAGACUAGAAUUCAACAACAUAAGGGAGCCACAUUAUGGUCUGCUAUAAAGGACAUCAAAGACCCCAUUCAGUUUUGGAGAGGAACGCUACCGUCUGCAUUGAGAACUUCAAUCGGUAGUGCUCUUUAUCUUUCCUGCUUAAAUAUUAUGAGAACGCAGUUGGUUCACGGGAAAAAGGGAUCAGCUGCAAGCAAAAGUAGCAGCUUACCUCAAUUGACCAUGUAUGAGAACUUGCUUACAGGUGCAAUGGCAAGAGGGUUAGUUGGGUAUAUUACAAUGCCAAUUACAAUAUUGAAGGUGAGAUAUGAAUCCACAUACUAUAGCUACAAAAGUAUGAAUGAAGCCAUUAAAGAUAUAUAUAAGAUGGAAGGUAUCUCGGGAUUCUUUAGAGGCUUUGGACCCACUGUGAUGAGAGAUGCUCCAUAUGCCGGAUUAUAUGUUCUCUUAUAUGAAAAAUCAAAGCAAAUACUACCCAAAUUCUUACCGAAAUCUUUAAUCCACUAUAAGGAAGAUAUGAAAUUUAGCACAUCCACUUCUACGGUGGUUAAUUCUGUAAGUGCCAUUGCUUCAGCAAGUUUGGCCACUGCUAUUACGGCACCAUUUGACACUAUCAAAACCAGAAUGCAAUUGAAACCCAAGGUUUUUACAAAUUUCUUUACUACGCUCGUACUAAUAACAAAAAAUGAAUCGAUAUUCCAAUUAUUUAGUGGGUUGAGCAUGAGAUUGACUAGGAAGGCCUUAAGUGCUGGGAUUGCAUGGGGUAUAUAUGAGGAUUUGAUAAAAAGAAUCAUGUAA